ACCAAAUGAAGCAGCUGAGAGUUGACAUUUUAAAUAAAUAAAUUCUUGUAAUUUUUCUUACAAAUUCCGUAUUAUUUUUCGGUAUUAUUUACUUUGCCAGCUCCUGUAACAUCGAAAUGGAACCACCAGGAAUGGACAGUGGAUUGGAGUUUCCAAAAAAUCCAUUAUUAUGUCCAAUUUGUCAUGAUUAUUUCACCGAACCGUGUAUACUUAAUUGUUACCACACAUUCUGUGCGAGAUGCUUAAGAGGAAGAGAUCAAGAUCGUCGUUUAAUUUGCCCUUUCUGCAGGCAACCCACAACUCUCAAAGAUGGAUCAACACUGCCCCCACCAGAUUCUUUAAUGCGCCAGCUGAUUGACAUUGCCAAUAGUGAAAAUCCACCAUGUUCCAAUUGUGAUAAAAGGGAUAGGUCAAAUAUGUAUUACUGCAAUACUUGUGGACAAGCCUUGUGUCUUCACUGCCGUGAGAAUACCCAUAGAGCAAAGAUGUUUUCUACCCACGAUGUUGUUCAUAUGAGCAAAUGUGCCAAGGAAGCUAAAAAGUGUGCCCUACAUGGAGAACACUAUAUAAUGUUUUCUCCGCUGCAAAACACUAUGUUGUGUGUUAACUGCUUCAGAGACCUACCCAAUGAAAUGCGUACACAAUGCGUCGACAUCGAUACUGCUCAUGCUCAAGCUGCAAAACGCUUAGAAAGGGGUCAAAAUGCAAUCAUGGAUUUACAGACAUCUGUGAGGGAUGGCAUAAUCGCUCUGAAAGGCCUGAUGGACGAAUUACGAAGAAACAUGGACAGCGAAAAACAUACCAUCAACACUUUUUGUCACGGCAUGCAAGAAGCCAUGGCGAAAACUCACGCAACAAUGAUUAUGGAAGUCCAACGACAAUACGAAAGCAAAGAGAGAAUCUACAGAAGCCAGUUGGUUGUAUUGGGUACCGUUAUGCCAGUAUUACAACUGCAUUUGGUUCUUUGUACAACCUUCACAGCUGCUGCCAAUAAGUACCAAUUUCUAGAACUGUGUCCAUCUCUUAUAGAAAGACUCUCUGCAGUAGGAAAUCUAAGUCAGCCUGUUAGAUCUCUGCAAUCGUCGCAAAUUAAGACAAAUUAUAGAAGCGAAUUCGCUCAGAGUCUUGAACCUUGGAUUGGACCUGCUGCUGUAAGUCAGCAUCAGUCAGAAUUGGCUGCUACUUCAAGAAUGUACGAUAGCGUCCCGCCAGCUACCAAGAAGCAACAAACUGCUCUUAAGAACAAGCUCUUGGAUGGAGACAGUUCAUUUUCCACUCAUUGUCGAUCAUUUGAAUCCCAAAUUAGAGAUCUCAAUCAACAGUUUAAUUCCAUCAAGGAAAAAGUUGGUGAAUUGCACAAAGACAUCAGCGCCCUGCGAAAGGCUCAAACUCCACCUUUGGCGACACGUUAUGAGAUGCUCAUAAGGGAAUGUUUACAUUUGGAUCAAAGUUUGGAAAGACAACAAAAGGAGUUGGAUAGAAUGGCCUCUGCGUUCGAUGCCUCUUGGGAAGAACAACUAUGGAGAUUACGCGUUGAACAGGAAGUUUUCAGCUGUCAAAGAGCCGACGUCAAUACAUUAAGAAACGAAUUAAAGCAUAUUAGUCAGGUUGUAGCAACGCAAUUAGAACCUUACAUACGAAGUUUAACACCAGCUCAACAACAACAGCAGCAACAACAAGGUCAAACUGAACAAACUCAAGUUAGUCAGGCUGAACAGGCCCAACAUUUAGCUUCUCUUUUGGAACACAUUGGUUUAUUACAACAGUCUGAUUCAUCCAUGGGAAAAAUUCCUCGUUCUCGUAGUAGAGUACUCGGUCAAUUACUCGAGAAAGUCCGUCCUAAUGUUCAAGAAAGAGAACGGAGCAAGUCUGCCGGUCAAGUAGACAAGCCUCUGACUACUACAUCCCAAAAAGCGACACCCAAAAAACCGUUUAUAUCCAGUCAACAAAUGAACAUUGAUCGAUUAGAAGCACAAAUCAAGGAGAAAAUUCAGGAUAUACUCAGUAGAAGACAGAGCCAACCGUCUUCGAAAUCGGAUACGGAAACCGAAAGGAAAUUGGCUAAAGACGAUAGAAAAAUGAGUAGCACAGACUCGAUAGGUAAAUUAAAUUCGAAACAAAGAAUAAUGUACAAGAAAAUAAAUAAGAGCUGUGAUAAGAUAAAUACUGGCAGCAAAUCUGAUAGCGAAACUAGAAAGUCGAGAUCGGAAUCUGAUUAUCAGAGGAUUUCCGAUGCCACGUCUCAGAAUUUAAAAGGUUUGGUUCAUGGAAGUAGAUCUAGUCCUAGUAGUCCGAAAUGUAAAAAUAAAGGACUGUUGGCUACCAAACCACAAAAAAAGAAGGUUUAUCCUUAUAGUGACGGCGAGGAUAAUGUUUUCUACUCCAUGCAUGACUCGGCGGACUCUUUAAGUACAUCUAGUCGUCGAUCGAGUUUCGAUGGGCCGGACAAAACGUUAGUGGUAGUUAUAAACAGAAGGAAUAAAAACAUGACAAUGGCGCAAAAACAAAGAAGUUGGGAAACGUUUCCGCCGAAACGUAAACACCAUGUUUGUCACCAGAAGCUGUCAGUACCCACUCCUCCUAUGGCGCCCAUACGAAAAGCGGAUAGUUUCGAAGGUCAUGAAGAAGCCGUAAAAAGCCUCGUAGCAGCAGUGCAGGAAACCAGACGAAAACCUAGAAGUGGUAAUUAACCGAUAAAGAAUAGGAAUUGCUAUGAGUAUACAGGAAUUUUAUUGUAUGAAGUGCACGCCAAUACCUACUAAUGCUAACAAACGGUUAAUUAGGUUAACUGAGUAGGUAUAAUAAUGGAUUUUGAACAGUUGCUUUUUUUAUAACAAGAACUAUUACCAACUAGUUAAAGUUUAUUAUCAAUAAACUAGUGAUUUUACCCGUCUCCAUGCGAUGGGGGAUACAAUCAACUGCCAUAUACAAUCAAUUAUCAUUUCACUGAUUUUUUUCUGCCGCAUACAUAUUUGACAUUUUGACUUUGACAGGUUUUAGAAAAAAGACCGCUUUAAAACGUUAACAACUUGAGAUCUUACAUAAUGUCUUUAUUGAUGGACAAAGUUUGAUCCUUUUUACGAUAAAAAGUAGAAAAAAUAUCCCAGAAUAAUUCACAUAAUUCAUUGUAUUCACGACGUUCAAAUAAGUGUCCCUCUAACUAAAUUGAAAUGGAUUGAGGGUAAGCACUGAAUUAAAGGAUUGAGGCCAGCUAAAGUCUAAAAUUGCGUAGACGGUGUACUUCACUAUAAUUUCACUUAUAGUACUUCCACUCUAACUUUUCCCAUGCAUGAAAUUAUUCACGAAUUUUUACUCACAGAAACUAGAAUCGCAAAAUUAAGCCGCUUGUCCAUAGAAACCACAAUAAAUUAAACAAGGAUAAACAACAUGGCAUUUCGUUGAUAUAACUUUGCCCAAAUACUAUUGACUGUAAUACAUCCAACUCCCACAGAAAUCUGGAAGCACGUUGCCACUAGCGCCACUGUCGGCUUGCGGUGAAACUUCGUUGUGACGACGUAAAAUUUGACGUAAACAUUCAAAUUUAAUUUUAUAAAUUUUUGAAUAACGAGCUAAUUGUGCAAAAUUAAAUUAAAAUAAAGCAAAUACAAAAACAGUAAUACAGCAAUUUUAUAAAUGUAAGGUUAGAUUGCUCUGGUUAUCACCGUAGACCGCCUAGAUAGCGCUAUUUUUUUGCUUUCUCAAAUGUAAUGGGGAAUGUCAAGAGUUGUAUGUAUUACAGUCCAUAGUAUUUGCUUUGCCUGUUACUUUGUUCACUCUUAAUUUUGACGUUUAUGAUUUUAAGUGACAGUGGCAUUAGCGCAUAUGUGUUGGUUAUUAGUUAUUUAACUUUUAGUCUUUAUAAUAUGUGUUAUUGUAAUUUUUAUUCUCAAACAUAAUUAUUGUUAGAACGACUAACUACUGUCCUCUCUUAAUUUAAUUAUUUCCGGUAAGUACCUAUUUAUUCUUUAAGAAAAAGUGACAAGUAAUAUUUAUGAGUGUGGCUAUAGUUCUGUCGAAUGGAAACUUAUUUGUUUAUUUUCGAGAUUACAGUUUACAUUUUGGUUUUUUUUUAAAUUUAUUUAUUACCAUUCUAUAUUUAUCUCUAUACUAGUAAUACUCGGUAUGAUGUUCAGGCUGUUUAAUGUUGAGUCGAUCAAUCUGCUCAAUAGUGCAAAAAGAUUUAACACUUCAAUAAAAUAACUUUAUAAUAUACGUCCACAGGAUAAUAACCAUUUUCUAAUUUUUACCACUGACAGUGACAGUACGUAUCAAUAGGGCUUUUCAUUCACAGUCAUUUGUUUCGAGCUUCUGUCAUGUGUCACAUAAUAUUAAUAUAUCUACUUCAUACGUUAUUGGUAUAUACCAAUGAUACAAACCAAAGACGUAUGACGUAGAUAUAUUAAUAUUAUGUGACACAUGACAGAAGCUCUUUGGUUUGUAUCAUCGGUAUAUACCAAUAACGUAUGACGUAGAUAUAUUAAUAUUAUGUGACACAUGACAGAAGCUCGAAACAAAUGAUAAUCGAUGAAAAGCCCUAUAUCACUACAUAUUGACGUACGUUUCAAUUAACGUUUUGAUAUAACUCUUUUGAAAAUGUAUCGUGACGCAUGGAGAAAGAUAAAAUGAACUGCUUAGUAAAAUAAAAGUCAUGCUAGAGUCAAGCCGAGCUAGAGGAAGCAACAUCUUAUUUUAACAAUCAGUUUGUCGUUUUCUUAUUUAAUCGUUUGCUCUUAAUAUAAAUGUUGCUUCUACCGUUUCAAAAAAUUGUUACAAAAGGAUCAUAAAUAAAAAACAUGUUUAACUUCAAAACUGGUUAAUAUUUCUAUGAAGAAUAUAAAUCAUACACUUAUCCGGGAAUCAUUGUGACUUAACAUCGCGAAUUGUCCUGGACAAAUUGCGCGACGAGUCGUUUUAGGCUUUCAUAAGAUUAGAUAAAGUUAAUGAAAAAAAUUAUGUGUGAUCUAAACUUACUUUAAUAAUAAUUUACGAUCACGUAUUAAGUGUGGUCUUUUAGAAACUCGGCAAUGUUCCAUGUAAAUACCAUUUCUGAUACGUUUUAACACUACAACAACGGUCGAUUUAUCCCAUCUCCUUAAUCCUACAAAUUUCGGCACUUCUUGUACGUAAUUUUCUAUGAGUAUAUAAUAUAAACUUAAAAAAAGACAUUUAGUUGAACAUAUAUAUAGUCCAGAAAGCCACUGCGCAUCCGCUAGGAAAAAUAUUCUAAU